UCGUCAUGAGUGAGGCAUUUGACUGUGCAAAAUGCAGUGAGACCCUAUAUGGCCGGAAGUACAUCCAGACAGACAGUGGUCCCUACUGCGUGCCCUGCUAUGACAACACCUUCGCCAACACCUGCGCUGAGUGCCAGCAGCUGAUUGGGCAUGAUUCAAGGGAGCUGUUCUAUGAAGACCGCCACUUCCACGAGGGUUGUUUCCGCUGCUGUCGCUGCCAGCGCUCUCUAGCCGAUGAACCCUUCACUUGCCAGGACAGUGAGCUGCUCUGCAAUGACUGCUACUGCAGUGCCUUCUCAUCACAGUGCUCCGCCUGCGGGGAGACCGUCAUGCCUGGGUCCCGGAAGCUGGAAUAUGGAGGCCAGACGUGGCAUGAGCACUGCUUCCUGUGCAGUGGCUGUGAUCAGCCACUGGGCUCCCGUUCUUUUGUGCCCGACAAGGGUGCUCACUACUGCGUGCCCUGCUAUGAGAACAAGUUUGCUCCUCGCUGUGCCCGCUGCAGCAAGACACUGACACAGGGUGGAGUGACAUACCGUGACCAGCCCUGGCAUCGCGAAUGUCUGGUCUGCACUGGGUGCCAGACACCCCUAGCUGGACAGCAGUUCACCUCCCGGGAAGAAGAUCCCUACUGUGUGACCUGUUUUGGAGAACUCUUUGCACCUAAGUGCAGCAGCUGCAAACGCCCCAUCGUAGGACUUGAUGGAGGAAAGUAUGUGUCAUUUGAAGACCGACACUGGCACCACAGCUGCUUCUCCUGCGCCCGCUGUGCCACGUCCCUGGUGGGCCAAGGCUUCGUGCCAGAUGGAGACCAAGUGCUGUGCCAGGGCUGCAGCCAGGCAGGGCCCUGAGCCAGGGCUCCUGGGCCCAGGCUUUCCCACACCGGGGCUCCAGGACUAUGAUUCCUUUCCUAAACCACCACAGGGACCCAGCUUCUCCACACAGUGGGUCUCCUCCUGGGCUCCAAGAUGCAAUUUCCCUACUCUAACAUCCUCCAACUGGUACUCCCUGACCCAGGCCCCAAAACCUAGGCUCUUCUGGAGUGUCCAUGACUCAAGUCCUUUUCCCAAACAUGGACUCCAGAACUCUGCCCUCUUCCCAGAUUGGAGCUCUAGACCCCAGCCCUCCAAACCUAGACUCUGGGACCUGGGCCCCCUUACAUCUAGCCUUCUCUUAAUAGAUUUUAGGUGUCCUAAGAGUGCCUGAGCAGCCCUCAUAUGUGGACGGCUCAGGCUUGAACCUAUCCCCAUUGCACCCUGCCCCCAGGACUGGGACUGUUUGAGCAGCAGGUUAGGUGGUCUUAAGGAAUAGGCUGUAACCCAGCCCGUGUUCUCAGAGUGUCUUGUUUUAUUUCAGCUCCAUUUUGCCUUGAGAUGGGCAGAGGGGUGUGAUUGGUUUGCCCCUCUUCCAAAUUCUGAAAUAAAGCAGUGUGAGGAAGCCCA